AGUGCGCGGUAAACAGUGACGCUGUGAGCGGGCGACGGGCCGGCGUGCUGCAGUAUCGCGGGGUGCAGGGUUCGGCAGUGAUGGAUCAGAUAGAGACGGGUUCGGGUUCGGUUCUGAGGGAAUACGGGAGCGAACAGAACCUGCUGUCCAAACCGGACGGAUCAGCGACCUUCCUACAGGGGGACACCAGUGUGUUGGCAGGAGUUUAUGGACCUGCUGAAGUGAAAGUGAAUAAGGAGAUCUAUGACAGAGCGACUCUGGAGGUGGUUGUCCAGCCUAAAGUGGGCAUGUCAAGUGUGCGGGAGCGUGCGAGGGAGCAGUGUGUGAGGGAAACGUGUGAGGCUGUCCUGCUGUCCACUCUUCAUCCUCGGUCCUCCCUCGCACUCAUCCUCCAGGUGGUGCACGACGACGGCUCUCUGCUGUCGUGCUGUCUGAACGCCGCCUGCAUGGCGCUGAUGGACGCCGGGCUGCCGAUGGGUCGGCUGUUCUGCGGCGUGACCUGCGCCAUCGACUCCGACAGUCAGAUCAUCACAGACCCCACGGCGCAGCAGGAGAGGGAAAGUCGAGCUCUGAUGACUUUUGCUAUCGACAGUAAAGAGCGUAAUGUCCUGAUGUCCUCCACUAAAGGUUCUUUCUCAGUUAAAGAGCUGCAGCAGUGUAUAGCCCUCAGCCAGAAGGCAUCUGAGAAGAUAUUCCAGUUUUAUAGAGAUUCUGUAAAGCGGAGAUACUCAAAAAUUCUGUAACAGUAUUUUCUUCUGUUUUUUAUUAUAUUUGUAUAAUAAAUGCUUUUUCCUACAA